UGUAAUAAUUCAUUUUGUUCGAUAACGAUAACUAUCUUCAACGGCCAGAACGUUACACACUGUUCCAGAGAGAGUCAAGUGUAGCGGACCUUUUUCGUGAUUUUUAAUAAUGAACGGAUGCAUGAUCUGGAUCGCUUUAAUGGCGUUAUUUCCAGUUGUAAGUAGCAGGAUGGUCGUAGUACCGAGAGAGUUUAGCACGGGAGACAAUUCAAUGUUUCCCGGAGUUUUACCACGAGAAGAAUUUGAAUCGAUGGAGAGGGAACCCAGAGUACCUUCUGGAGGAAGUCAAGAUCAUCUGGAAAUGUUUCCUUCAAUCAAAGUAUUCGAGGAUGAAGAAAACCAUGAUGAAUUUGGAGCGUUAUAUCCCCAGUUCGCUCACAGUGUAGGGCUUCUCAAUAAACUAUUCACAGACCAAAAUCGGGUACUACAGAGAGCGCCAAGUAACAAAAGGGGUACAACGAGAGCUCAAAGAGUUGGAAUUGGAUCAUUUGUACCAGGAAAAAGAAGUCAAGAACGACUACCCGAAAAUGCCUAUUUCACCACUUUUAAGGAAUUGCUAGGUACCAAAACAAGAGUAAAUAACCCUUUUAAGUUAGUUGAUGAAACAAAUGAUUUGUCCAGAAAUAACAACAGAAUAAUUAGAUUGGUGCAAAUGAGAAAAGUUGGAAACCAAUUUAUUCCCGUCCGAUUAUUAAAUGGAUUGAUUGAAAAAUGAAGUGAUUUGAACGAGAAUAUGCACGUAGUGUUGUUGUGUUGUUAAAGUAUUUAAACCAAAUAAUCUAUUUUAAACUGUUGAGGGAAGGCAAAUUGUAUAUAAUUGCAUAACUAUAAUGUAAAAGUUGGACAGUAAUGGAUAAUUUUAUGUGGACCGAUAAAUAUUGUCUUUAUUGACAGCCGUUCUUAAAUUAUUUUAUUUGGCUUCAUAUUUCAUUGCAUUAUUUUGGUCAAUUGAGGCAAUAAAGGACAGUGCCCUAUGCGUUUAGAAAGAAUACAAAGUGCAUCAUUCAAAAUAAAGUAGCAGACAAUGACAUAGUGGCCAAAUUGGUCAUACUGUGCUUAAACUAUUUCAGCUGGUGAAACAAAUAAACUUCUAAAAAAGACUGUAAUGAACAACGUGUUGAUAGAAUUCAGUAGAUGCGAGACGUUUUUUUUUGUCCGAUAUACAUGUAUUCUGAAAAAUUUGCGGGUAACUAUUGUUAUCUUCUUCAUCCAGUAAAAUGACUAUAUAUCGUUGACAGUUGGCAGAUAAAAUGUCAUUAACGG